GUGAGGUCCAAAUUUGCAUAUAGUAAAGGCAGAAAUAUAACAAAUGUUCUCGUGUCUCAACUGGAUCUUGGCAGAAGCUGCAACCCGUGUUGAUACCAGAACUCCACUUGGCCAUUCUUUCUCCUGUUGAGAGCCAGUUAUGAACUGCGAGCCAUGCACAGAAAGCAUAGCGAGGAGUUGCGUAGGCAAACCAGAUACUUCUAUGCCAAGUUACCUCAAGAGGACUUUGUACUCGACCUGUGCGUCAUGCCCUUGUUGCUUAGUCUGAAGGAUGAGCUCAAUUGCUUGCAACUGCUCAUCUCUAUGUCGACGCCUCCUUCUGAUAGACCAUGCCUCAGCGACAGUUGCGUGGAGUGGGAUACCCAUAUCAAUCACUCCUCUACGGCCAAUGGCAUCCAGUAGACACCCUUGUUCAGUCCAGUUAUCGUACCAGAAAGAUGUUUUCUACCCGUUGUUGACUUCCAUCCUACAGCAUACCCUAACUAUGUCUCUACAUUUCAGUAGCUUUUUCCACAUCCAUGAUCCUGCUUGAGUGUCUUUCUUUGCUGCCCAGAAAGAGCUCUGCCUUAUCAAAUACGUUUGAAUCCAGUUAACCCACAAGGAAAAUUGAUUUGAUACAAGCCACCAUAUCAACUUCAGACUGCAGACAUCAUUUAUUUCAUUCAAAGGUCUUAAACCAAGUCCUCCCUCUCUCUUUGGUUUGCAGACCAUUUUCCAUGACAGUUUGGCUUUGUGCGUGUUCAUAUCUACUCCUGACCAGAGAAAGGAAGAGCAGAUGCUAUCUAUCUCACAGAGACAUUGUCUUGGUAGACGGUAUGCAGCAAGCCAAAAGCUCGCAAUACUCCAUAGGAUUGAACUGAUCAGAUUUAACCGGCCUGCAAAUGUAAGAUAACGAGCAGUCCAAGAGUUGAUUCGGUUGCGAAUUUGUUCCAGCAAAGGCUGAUAGUCUGUUGCUGUCAAACGCCUAGUGACCAGAGGCAGUCCCAAGUAUCUAAUAGAACUCAGCAGUGUAGCCGUCUGGUCCCGGUGAUUUAUCAUUUGACAUGCCAAACAAAACCGACUUGAUUUCAUCUUCUUUUACUUCUUGCGUCAACCUUGCGGCCUCCUCCUCUGAACACCGGAAUGGGGUGUCAUCUGAUCCCACUUGGGUCUUACUGGGUCCGCCCCUGCUAGUGUGCAUGCAAGUUGCAUCUGAGGAGUAUAUGUUUAGAGAGAGAGAGAUCAAUUCAGAGGAAAAAGUGACAGAAAGUGGUCUUCUUUGUCUGUCUCUGUCCUAAACUCAGGAGCCCUAGCUAAUCUCUGAAUCCAUCAAGAAAGCUACAUAACCCUUCGAGGAAAGCUAGAGAAGAAGAAAGAUGAUGAACCUUAGCGGAACUAGUGGGAGAACAAUAGACAGGCCUCCAUUUACACCAACACAAUGGCAAGAAAUGGAGCAUCAAGCCCUAAUUUACAAGUACAUGGUCUCAGGUGUUCCUGUCGCUCCUGAGCUCAUCUUUUCGAUUAGAAGAAGCUUGGACUCUUCCUUGGUCUCUAGACUCCUCCCUCACCAAUCCAUUGGGUGGGGAUGCUACCAGAUGGGAUUAGGGAGAAAACCAGAUCCAGAACCAGGAAGAUGCAGAAGAACAGAUGGUAAGAAGUGGAGAUGCUCAAGAGAAGCACACCCAGAUUCAAAGUAUUGUGAAAAACACAUGCACAGAGGAAGAAACCGUGCCAAGAAAGCUCUUGAUCAGAAUCAGACAACUGCUCCUUCAACAUCACCAUCUCUUUCUUUCCCCAACAAAGACAACCCAAUAAGCCCCACCUUGUCUUCUUCUUCCUCUAGUUUCAUUGACACUUACAGUAGGUUUGGUGUUGGUAGUAGGAAUAGUAGAGGCUACUUCAACAACCAUUCUCUUGAUUAUCCUUAUCCUUCUUCUUGUUCACCUAAACAACAACAAACUCUUGAGCAUGCUUCUGCUUUGUCACUUCAUCAAAACACAUCUACUUCUCAGUUCAAUGUCUUAGCUUCUGAAACUGACCACAAAGACUUCAGACAUUUUCAAGGGAUUGGGGAGAGAACUUUCUUUCCAGAAGCUUCUAAAAGCUUUCAAGAGUCUCCAUACCAUCACCAAGAAGCGCUAGCAACAGCAUUGAAUGAUCCCUACCACGGUAGUAGUUCUGAUCAUCAUCACACAUACUCAUCCUCAUCAUCUCGACAUCGAGAUUAUCACCAACAACAACAACAUUUCGUUUUGGGGGCCGACGAGUUCAACAAGUCCACAAGAACCGUCUUCUCAAACACAUCUAGACAAGGUCAUCAGGAAGAGGAGAAAGAUUCACCGAAAAUAAAGAAGUCUCUUCAUCAUUUCUUUGGUGAGGACUGGGCACAGAUCAAGAACGCUUCAGAUUCUUGGCUUGACCUUUCUUCCCAGUCAAGACUCGACACUGCUGAAUAAGGUCAGAUAGGAUCAAUGACGGGUCUGCGCCAACACACACAAGUUUGAAACGUUGAAGGGUCACAUUUCAUCUAUUUCCGUGGGACAUUGGAACAACACACUGUUUACAGAGACCCUGUAUGUGUACAUUUAUGUCUGAACUCUCAAUUGUAUCUAUGUUUUGUGUUUAGAGGUCCAACAAGAAAAGUGAUCCGACAUCUAUAUCUGUGUUUCUCUGGCUUUUCUCCAGCUACUGUUUUCUUAUCGUUUUAUUUUAUUUGGUUGUAGCUGAAAGAAACACUAUAUAUAUCGAUUUGUUUCUUAGGACGGCAAGCA